AUGGCUUCUCCAUCGUCUGGACCUUCCUGCCGUGAUAUUGACAAUACCUUUGGCGCAUACGCUAGUCAUUGUCGUGGAGGCUUUGACUUUACACUCUUGUUUGAGGAAUCUAUUUUUGAAAUCCUUCCCAUCACUUUGAUUAUAAUUAUUACUCCCAUUCGAUUAUGGCAGCUCUCUCAGGAACGGCGCAAGGUCGUCGGAUCAUGGGGACUCCCCGUCAAGAUGGCUUCUUGGGUCAUUUAUUUGGCACUUCAGAUUGCUCAGCUGGCUCUGUGGGCUAUGCCGUCAGCGCAGUCAACCAGGGCAUCGGUUGCCGCAAACGCAAUGCUGAUGAUUGGAGUCCUCUUUCUAGGCGCGCUUUCUUUUGCAGAGCAUACUCGCUCUGUCCGACCUUCGUUUAUUUUAAAUGCAUACCUGUUUUGCAGCUUGUUGUUUGAUAUUGCUCGUGCCAGAACCAUCUGGCUGCGAUCCGUGGAUACGCUGGGCGACCACCUUGCAAUCGUUACUACUGUAUCUGUGGCAUUGAAAGCUCUGCUCCUUGUUCUCGAGGCUGUGGAGAAGCGUCACAUCCUUCGGCCUGACUAUGUUAACUAUCCUUCUGAGGCUUUAGCCGGGUUUUACAACCGAGCCUUCUUUUUCUGGUUAAAUCCCCUGUUCUUACGUGGUUAUAAAAACGCGCUGUCUCUCAAAGAUCUUUUUGUUUUGGAUGAUGAGUUGAGCUCUGAGAGACUAUUGUCCUCAUUUGAGGAGAAAUGGAGCAAAGUCGAUCCAAAAACUCCCAAUUCGCUGCAGUUUGAAGCUUUCAAGGCUGCCAGCGUGCCGCUCCUCACAGCAAUCCCAGCUAGAUUGUGUGUUGCGGCCUUCAAUAUAUCGCAGCCUUUACUGCUUGCUCGAUCUAUCACUUUCUUCAGCGAACCCGUGAACGGUGCUACCACCAACGUUGGCUAUGGGUUGAUUGGCGCAUAUAUCUUGGUUUAUAUCGGUUUGGCUGUCUCGAUGGGUCAGUAUCAGCACAACACUUAUCGUGCCAUUACCAUGGUUCGCGGGAUUCUUGUUACAAUGCUGUUCAAGAAAGCCAGCACUCUCAGCAUCACCGAUGCUGACCCUGCCAACUCUCUCACCUUGAUGAGUGCAGAUGUGGAGCGCAUUACCAACGGUUGGCAGACAAUGCACGAGAUCUGGGGCAACACGAUAGAGAUCGCAUUGGCCAUUUACCUCCUGGAGGUUCAACUAGGUGUUUCCUGUGUUGUACCAGUUGGUGUUGCACUUGUUGCCUUGAUUGGCUCCAUAAUUAUGAUGUCCUUCGUGGUACAAAGUCAAGCUAAGUGGCUCGAAGCCAUCGAGCGCCGCAUCUCAUCUACUAGCAACAUGCUGGGAUCCAUCAAGGGAGUGAAAAUGCUUGGACUACAAGAUUCCAUGAUGAAGUUCGUGCAUGGCUUGCGAAUCGAUGAGCUCAAUAUUUCCAAGCACUUUCGUACGCUUCUUACUUGGAACAUGGGAUUUGCAUGGAUGACCCGUGUCUUCGCCCCAAUUUUCACCUUUGCCUGCUUUGCUUCCAUUUCCAACAACGUCUUGACCGUCUCGCGCGUGUAUACCUCUCUGUCCCUCUUUGGUCUUCUCUCAGACCCUCUCAUGUCCCUUGUCAUGGCUCUCAUGUCUUUCCUCGGGUCGGUGGGAUCUUUUGCUCGCUGCCAAGAGUUCUUAGACAAGCCUUCUCAUCAAGACAAGCGGAAGAGCUCCCCUGGAUAUCAAUCCCUGGAAGAUCUGGCUGAAGCCAAGCUACUGUCUAUGUACGGCACUCUUGACAUGUCUCUCAGCAACGCGGAGUCGGUUGAGUCCUUCAAGCGGGGGCUUCCAUCUGCCGUAUCUCCUAACGUAGUUACCGUUAAGAAUGGAACAUUCAGCUGGGAUGCUGACAAGGAGCCUGUCUUGAGUGAUAUUGACUUGACUCUCGCGCGUGGUAGUUUGACUUACUUCAUUGGACCCUCUGGAUGCGGUAAAUCAUCUCUGAUUAAAGCCAUUCUCGGUGAAAUGCCUGGAACACAAGGCAUGGUUGACUUGUCUUCCACAGGUGUGGCUUUCUGUGAUCAGACACCCUGGCAUAUGAACGGCACCAUCAGAGAUAGUAUUCUCGCCAUGGGAGACUAUGAUCCGAAAUGGUACGCAACUGUUCUUCAGGCUUGCGCUCUUGAGGAAGAUCUCGGCCAGUUCCCUAGUGGUGAUCAAAGUAUCAUUGGAAGCAAGGGCGUCGCCCUCAGUGGUGGCCAGAGCCAACGUAUUGCCCUUGCACGAGCUGUCUAUGCCAAGCGGAAGACUGUCAUUUUGGAUGACUCAAUGAGCGGCCUCGAUGCAACCACUGAAAACCACAUCUUCCACAGUUUGCUUGGACCCAUGGGUCUGUUGAGAGAGAUGGGCACUUCCAUUAUUGUCGCCUCUUCUGCCGUCAGCCGUCUGCCAUACUCCGAUUACAUUGUUGUCUUGGGUGAGGAUGGCCGUAUCACCGAACAAGGCAGCUUCGCUGCUCUCAACAAGACUGGUGGAUACGUGUCAAGCUUCGGUCUUGGUCCAACUGAAUGGGACUUCAAGCCGCCCAAGCGCUUAUCAGAUUCUGCUAGCUACAGCACACUCGUUGAAAGUAUAUAUAAUGAGAAGCUGUCAGAAGACUCGGAACCUGCCCAGCCCGAGGCCGAACCUGAGCCGAUGAUCAAGGGUGGUGAUAUGUCCAUCUACAAGUACUAUCUCGAUGCCAUCGGAUGGUUACCUGGAUUUGUGUUCAUGUCGUCCAUGGCUGCUUUUGUUUUCUGCAUCUCCUUCCCCAGCAUUUGGUUAGAGUGGUGGGCGGAGUCAGACAUGGCUCAUUACCGUGAGCGCAACAGAUACUACAUUGGUAUUUACGUGAUGCUCGGUGUCUUAGCUAUGAUCGCCCUCAUUGCCGGUUGCUGGCAGAUGAUUAUCAGCAUGGUACCCAAGUCUGGCGAAGUUUUCCACCGCAGGCUGUUGGUCACUGUCCUCAGUGCGCCCAUGCUAUUCUUUUCAACGACUGAUAGUGGCGCUAUCCUCAACCGAUUCAGCCAAGACUUGCAACUUGUUGACAUGGAGCUCCCAAUCGCGGCUAUCAACACUGUUGUCACCUUGUUCCUCUGUAUGGCUCAAAUGGCACUGAUUGGAGUUGGUUCGAAAUGGGCGGCCAUCUCCUUCCCUAUCGUUCUUGGCAUGCUGUUCCUCAUCCAAAAGCUUUACCUGCGCACUUCCCGUCGCAUCCGUUUCAUCGAUCUUGAGGCAAAGGCUCCGUUGUUCUCACAUUUCACCGACUGUCUCCAAGGACUUGUAACAUUGAGAGCUUUCGGCUGGCAACAUAACAUGGAAAAGAAAAACAUUGAGCUUUUGGAUCUUUCUCAAAGACCAUUCUACUACAUGUUUGCUAUCCAGCGCUGGCUCACUCUAUCGCUAGAUUUAGUCGUUGCCGGUAUCGCUAUCCUCCUAAUCGUUCUUGUCGUCGCUCUUCGUGGAACCGCAAUGGGAGCAGGCUCCGUCGGUGUUGCCCUCCUCAACGUCAUCCAGUUUAGUCAAAGUAUCAAGCUUUUGGUGACCUUCUGGACCAAUCUAGAAACCCACAUCGGAUCAAUUCUACGUGUCAAGGAUUUCACUCAGACUGCUCCGUCAGAAGAUCUCCCCGGGGAAGAUAAUACUCCUCCUACCAACUGGCCAGCCAAUGGUGCAGUGCAGUUCCAUUCUGUUUCUGCGGCUUACAGACCCGAUGAGCCAGUUCUCAAGAAUGUCUCUCUGUCAAUCGCGCCAGGUGAGAAGGUCGGUAUUUGCGGCCGAACUGGAAGUGGCAAAACAUCUACUAUUAUGAGCAUUUUCCGCAUGAUCGAGCUUUCGGCCGGUACUAUCACAGUGGACGGAGUUGACAUAAGUCGUCUGCCGCGUCGUGAAAUUCGCUCACGCAUCAACGGAGUCGCACAGGACUCUCUGCUGUUCAAGGGCACAGUCCGCCUCAACGCCGACCCAACCGGAUCGCUAUCCGAUGGGGACAUCAUUGAGGCACUCAAGAGUGUGCAGCUUUACUCGAUCAUUCAAGAGAAAGGGGAUCUGGACACCGACAUCGAUGAGAUCCACCUCUCACAUGGCCAAAGGCAACUAUUCUGUCUUGCUCGCGCCAUCCUGCGCACUGGAAACAUCCUCAUUCUCGACGAGGCCACCAGCAACAUCGACACCAAAACAGACGAAAUCAUGCAACGCGUUCUUCGGGAGAAAUUCUCCAAACACACCAUCAUUUCCGUGGCCCAUAAGCUAGAUACCAUCUUGGACUAUGACCGUAUUGUCAUGCUCGAAGCCGGACGCGUUAUCGAAAACGGCGAACCAUACUCCCUCCUCGAAGAUCCCAGCUCAAACUUCAGCAAACUGUAUGCCAGUUUUCAAUCGACGGACAACUCGAAUUAG